UGCGGUCCAGUCUAGGGGGUCUGAGAUUGGCGGGGAUGGGCAGCAGCGGCAGGUGGCCUUGGCUUUUGCUGCAGCCGUCAACGACCUACCAUCGGGGUCCUGCGUAAGGUCCGGCUGGCUAGGACUUGGCUGUGGGUGGGAUGGACUGGCUGCCGGACCGAGUGCCCUGCAGUUGGUAGGAGUAUGAGGCAGAGUGAUGCACACCCGGGCGCCCAGCAUCGUUCUAAUUGCCGAAGACAUUGCCUCAGACUGUGCGCUGCUAGAGGCUGCGUUCCUGAGCAGGAAGCCCGUUUCCUGGGGUUGGAACUACCCUUCUUGGCCAGCGGGAAGUCCCCAAGGACGGAGUCGAAAGGUCAAAUCUUAUCUGUCAGUGCUGUGUGACAGCAUCGCAACGGGAUCUGCAGAACCUGAACUCGACAUAAUUCCUUGAAGACAUUUCCAUGAAAACCAGCCUGUUGUUAACGAAUGAGCAAUAUCGUCUUGCAUUAUAAGCUGCUUGGGGGUGUGUGAUGAAUGUUAGACUUAUCCCUUUUUUGUGAAGAACUUACAGCCCACUAAGUCAAUAAAAAAGUUAAAAGGAAGAGAUCCGUAAUGCCACCUGCGUGCCUCUUUCAAGAUGGAGGUGAAACCUGUGGGAGAACCUACUCAAGAGGUGUCUAAAUUCAAACUUUCCACCAAGGUAGAAAGCACGGGACACUGGCUGGUGGAAGAUCAUGUUCGAAUAUGGGAAGUUUUAAAGACAGAGGAGAGCUCGAUUCAGGACUGGGGUGAAGAGGUAGAGGAAGGAGCUGUUUACCAUGUCACCCUCAAAAGAGUCCAGAUUCAACAGGCUGCCAAUAAAGGAGCAAGAUGGCUAGGGGUUGAAGGGGACCAGCUGCCUCCAGGACACACAGUCAGUCAAUAUGAAACCUGUAAGAUCAGGACCAUAAAAGCUGGCACCUUGGAGAAGCUUGUGGAGAACCUGCUGACAGCUUUUGGGGACAAUGACUUUACCUAUAUCAGCAUCUUUCUUUCAACGUACAGAGGCUUUGCCUCCACUAAAGAAGUGCUGGAACUACUGCUGGACAGGUAUGGAAACCUGACAAGCCCAAACUGUGAAGAAGAUGGAAGCCAAAGUUCAUCAGAGUCCAAAAUGGUGAUCAGGAAUGCAAUCGCUUCCAUACUAAGGGCCUGGCUUGACCAGUGUGCAGAAGACUUCCGAGAGCCCCCUCACUUCCCUUGCUUACAGAAACUGCUGGAUUAUCUCACACGGAUGAUGCCGGGCUCUGACCCAGAAAGAAGAGCACAAAAUCUUCUUGAGCAGUUUCAGAAGCAAGAAGUGGAAACUGACAAUGGGCUUCCCAACACGAUCUCCCUCAGCCUGGAAGAGGAAGAGGAACUGGAGGGUGGAGGGUCAGCAGAAUUCACGUGCUUCUCAGAAGAUCGCGUGGCAGAGCAGCUGACCUACAUGGAUGCACAACUCUUCAAGAAAGUAGUGCCUCACCACUGCCUGGGCUGCAUUUGGUCUCGAAGGGAUAAGAAGGAAAACAAACAUUUGGCUCCUACGAUCCGUGCCACCAUCUCUCAGUUUAAUACCCUCACCAAAUGUGUUGUCAGCACCAUCCUGGGGGGCAAAGAACUCAAAACUCAGCAGAGAGCCAAAAUCAUUGAGAAGUGGAUCAACAUCGCUCAUGAAUGUAGACUCCUGAAGAAUUUUUCCUCCUUGAGGGCCAUCGUUUCGGCACUGCAGUCUAAUUCCAUCUAUCGGUUAAAAAAGACUUGGGCUGCCGUCCCAAGGGACCGAAUGCUGAUGUUUGAAGAACUUUCAGAUAUCUUCUCAGACCAUAAUAACCAUUUGACCAGCCGAGAACUACUGAUGAAGGAAGGAACCUCAAAAUUUGCAAACCUGGACAGCAGUGUGAAAGAAAACCAGAAGCGUACCCAGAGGCGGCUGCAGCUCCAGAAGGACAUGGGUGUGAUGCAGGGAACUGUGCCCUACCUGGGCACCUUCCUGACUGACCUGACCAUGCUUGACACUGCCCUUCAGGACUACAUCGAGGGUGGACUGAUAAACUUUGAGAAAAGGAGAAGGGAAUUUGAAGUGAUUGCCCAGAUAAAGCUCUUACAGUCUGCCUGCAACAGCUAUUGCAUGACCCCAGACCAAAAGUUCAUCCAGUGGUUCCAGAGGCAGCAGCUCUUGACAGAGGAGGAGAGCUAUGCCCUGUCAUGUGAGAUUGAAGCAGCUGCUGACGCCAGCACCACCUCGCCCAAGCCUCGAAAGAGCAUGGUGAAGAGACUCAGCCUACUGUUUCUAGGGUCUGACAUGAUCACCAGUCCCACUCCCACCAAAGAGCAGCCCAAGUCCACUGCCAGCGGGAGCUCUGGUGAAAGCAUGGACUCUGUCAGCGUGUCAUCCUGCGAGUCGAACCACUCAGAGGCUGAGGAGGGCUCCAUUACUCCCAUGGACACCCCUGAUGAGCCUCAAAAAAAGCUCUCUGAGUCCUCCUCAUCCUGUUCUUCUAUCCAUUCAAUGGACACAAAUUCCUCAGGGAUGUCUUCCUUAAUCAACCCCCUCUCCUCCCCUCCGUCCUGCAACAACAACCCCAAAAUCCACAAGCGCUCUGUCUCGGUGACGUCCAUUACCUCGACUGUGCUGCCUCCUGUUUACAACCAACAGAAUGAAGACACCUGCAUCAUCCGCAUCAGUGUGGAAGACAACAACGGCAACAUGUACAAGAGCAUCAUGUUGACGAGCCAGGAUAAAACCCCCGCUGUGAUCCAGAGAGCCAUGCUGAAGCACAAUCUGGACUCAGACCCCGCCGAGGAGUACGAGCUGGUGCAGGUCAUCUCGGAGGACAAAGAACUUGUGAUUCCAGACUCAGCAAAUGUCUUUUAUGCCAUGAACAGCCAAGUGAACUUUGACUUCAUUUUGCGCAAAAAGAACUCCGUGGAGGAACAAGUGAAACUGCGUAGCCGGACCAGCUUGACAUUGCCCAGGACAGCUAAACGGGGCUGCUGGAGUAACAGACACAGCAAAAUCACCCUCUGAAGGGAGGGACCAGUGGCCCCUUGUUUGCCAAAGGCAGAGUGGGGCUGAGAAACAGGCUGCGGUGAUUGCAAUUACCAUCCGGUGUUCGAGGAUCAUUGGUGAAGUCAGCAGAUAUUUAUUGAGUUCCUGUGGUGUGCAAAGCAUUAUGAUAGGCAUCGUGGGGAAACUGGAAAUGAAUUUGACAUGAAAAGGAUGAACGAUUCACUGAUUCUCUUUGACUUAUUUGAGACUAAAAUGCAGAAUUACCAACAUUUAAAACAUAUAUAUGCACAUGUAUUUGGUAUGCAUGUGUAUAUAUAUAAAAAUAUAUAAGAGGGACUUUAUGGGAUAGUAUGGACUAUGGAAAAACAAAUUUGCACAAUGGCCUGGGAAGUUGAGGUCACUUUUUACAGGGAAAUAGAAGAAACUGAGACCCUAGUCUCGUAUAUUCUGAGUAAAUGGAAUCAGUCCUGGGAAUAGAGAGUGUCCUUUGUGCCAGUAUUACAAGAAGCCCAAACUUUAUUUUUAUAAAGGGAGAGGAUGACUUUCUCAAUCAAGUGCCACCAGAUAAAAACAACUGCAGAGGCUGGAACUGCCACAGGCUGUAUGAAAGGCCACUUUGGAAAGGGUUUGGAUGAGCUGGUGGCCUUCAACCUCUGCCUGCAUCUGCCACUUUCUGCUACCCUAGGGAGGCCAGGAGGAGCUUCGGAGGACCAUCGCCCCACUGGUCUAGCCAUCAUGACACCUCUGGAGGUGUCAAGCUCCUGAAACAAGCUCAUUUCAGUUUCUGGCAACCCCGUGUAUUUCCGUUUUCCCCCUAAAGAACAUAUCAUAAUCAUUGCACAAAUAACCAUGUUCUUUGGUAAUGAAGCCAGAAAAGAAAGCGCAAAAGAAUGGUGACUCAUUUGGACUCUUAUCUGUCUUGGAAUGUCACUGCUUCAUUGCCUUCUCUGAUUGCCUUUUGCAUGUAAAACUAUGUGUCUGGAGUCUUUUGCCAUCUGGAUCUUAGUACCUCUUUAUUAUGUGCAAUUUCUUCCUCAGGUGUGGAAAUUUCUACUGCAAUUGACUACGUUUGAUUAUUUUGAGCUUGUGAAAGAUUUCUGAACAGUGAUUGUCCCGUUAAUAGCCCCUCAGAAGAUGUUCCCUGCUGAUAACAGCAUCCUAUUUUACUUACUAACUUUUAUAGCAUUACUGUGCCUAGUCAUGGGGAAAGAGAUGGGGCUGUAUAGAUUAUCUGAAUCAUUUGUCUAAGAGGCACAUUCUUCCAGAUGGAAUCAAUAACUUUUUUUUUUCAGGUUCCCAUGCUUGCUAUCACAGUAUCAUUGUUAAGUGACACUUUUGUCUCUUAUAACACCAUCACACUCUUCCUUCCAAGUCUGAGCUGUGCUGGGGUUUGAACUAAAAGCCAUAUGUGGAAUAUUGACAUGUGUAAGAAGCACUUUCAGAAUGUUGUCCUUUUUAAGAAAUGAUUCUCAAAAUACCAGUUUUUAUUCCAAAAAUAAAGAGAACAAACCCGGAAUAUGAAGUGCAGAUUGUGACAUGGAGCUAUUUUUUUUCCUAAUCCCAUAAUACAGCUCCUAAAAGUUGUGUGGGAUUUGCGUUGUGUAAAUAGCCAUGUGAAUUCCACAAGAAGCACCAGGGAAAGUUUAGAGAUUUGCGGCAAUGGACCGAAGAACGGGCCAGGAAGUCCUCCGAUUUCCUUUGGUCUUUCCAGGAGAUUGGACUACACAUUGUAAAGACUGACUGGGUUUCAACUAGUCAAAAAGCACUUUCUUCUGUUUUCAAUCCCUGUUCGAUUUGUGCUUCUGUGCUUGUAGGAGAGAUGGCCAGGGUGGCAGCCCUCAUGCAGGUUGAAGUAUAUGUAGCCUCAGCCUGAUAUUCUUGGUGCAAAGGUAAAAAAAAAAAAUAAUAAAACCAUUGGCCUGGUUGAGGGUGUGACCACCAAGACAUAUAUGUUGUGCCCCUGUGUUCAUCCUGUGUAUUUAUACUGUAUAUGUAGAGUCUAGAUUUAUAUAAUGCAAUGUAAAAUAUAUAUAUAUUUACCUUUUUUAAAGACAAUGGAAAUUCCAAGUAGCUAAAACUUAGCUUCAUUUAUUUAAUGCCACUUUAAAUGUCUUAAAUUUGUUUCCUGGUGGACAGCCGGGUAAUGCUUUUAGCUGCUCGCAUGCUUGUCUUUCUGCAUCUCCAUCAUCUGUUUACCUUUUGGUUAAACUAAUAAACUAGUUUGGGACUUGGCUGGCAUGUGCUGCCAGACCCAAAGGGA